GCAAGAGCAAUGAGUAUCAACACCCUUGUGCUGACAUCAAUUAAGGCAAGUUUAAAAACUCCCAUAACUAGCAAGACUGGAUGCAUCAUUCUCCUUUACAACCACCAUACAUUUCCUAGUAUAUAAGAUGAGAGAAUUUGACAUUGCACUAAGUCUGUAAUGAAAGAGAAGUUCAAUCCUUGCACAGUCGAGGCUUAAUUCAGCAAGACCUUGUACUUAUAUACUGAACAACAUAAACAUGACGGCCUAACAAAAAACAAUUCCACUGACAUGUACAGAUUAAGAACUCUGCUGACAUGUGCAUGGGCACUAAACAACACAGGAAGCCCAGUAAUUAAAGAUUAAAUCGUCACACUGUCACUACAAAGUCAACACCCUUUAGUUGAUGAAUCUGUUUAUUCUUGCCAUCUGGUUGCCACAUUCAUGGGCAAAACCUGUUGAGACUUUGAAGAUCUCUUUUUUUUAUACACAAUGUGCUUGGUAUACAUUAACUUCAUAAAUGUCUUUAUUCCAUCCCCUUCAGUCAAUGUUGCUAUUUGUUUGAUAAAUUGUGCUUAUUCAGUUAGAGAGAACCAGAAACAAUAUUGACAAGAAGGAGAAAAGGGAAAUUUUAAGGCAGAUGUCAGAACAUUUUUGUUCACAAUUGUAUAGCAGAUUGUGUAGUGAAAUUGAAAGGAUGAGUUGUGUCAAUUGCUUGUGUUAUUUGCACUUCUUAGUACGUUAAAAAAUAAAGGAAAAAAGAGAAGGUAAAAAAACAAAGCUAGAAUAGAAUUUGUCUAUAUUCAACAGACACACAGUCAAACCCACCUAAUUUUUACCUGGACACCACUGAUUGUUCUCUUUCUUCUUGUAGGGAACUCCAUUAUACAUGUCUCCUGAACUGGUUCAAGAGAAACCUUAUGAUCACAACUCUGACCUCUGGUUUGUAUCUCAAAUUGUACAUUGUAUUUAUGUCUCACUGUGGGUGAUUUCUCUUUUGUGUUUUAAUUAUUUUCUUUAGUUGAAUUUGAGUAUUACUUUUUGUGGAUUUUCACAAUCAUUGUCCUUUUCAUUAUUGUCAUCACCAAUGUUGUCAUUGUCAUUGUCAUUGUCAUUGUCAUUGUCUUUACCAUUGUCAUGGUCAUCAUCAUUGCCAUGGUCAUUGCCAUCAUCAUUGUCAUUAUCAUUACCAUUGAAAUUUUUCAAUAUGAUCAUUAACCCUGUAGUUGUCAUAAUUUUCAUUAUCAUGAUUAUUUAUCAUAACUGCAAGGCAGUGAGAGGCAGAAAUUUAAUCUCUGGUUUGAAAAUUUGUAACAUCUCUAGUCGUGUAGUUCAUGCCAGAAAAUUUAGUUCUGUACAUAAAAUGAAGGUUACAAAAUUCUGUCAAAGGAUGGCAUUAAUUGUAUGCUAUUGUUAAAUAUGUAUUAAUGUGUGUCAGACUAUGUAUAUAUUCUGAAAUACCAGUAUUUGUUUUUGAAAAUCAUUUUUGAAUAACUUUUACUGCUUAUCCAUAUUUCCUAGGUCAGUUGGGUGUAUUUUAUAUGAACUGUUUGUUGGAACGCCACCAUUUUAUACCAACAGUAUAUUUCAGCUUGUGAACCUUAUCUGCCGGGUAUGUGUCAAUGUGUUGAUAGUAAUAGUUUUUGCAAACUUUUCUUCUGGAUUCAAAUUCUAUGGAUAUUUUCAGUGGUACCUAGACUAAUGAUUAAAUGUUUGAACCUUGAUCAGGACACUGUUAAAUGGCCAGAGAAUAUGAGCCCUGAUUUUCAGGUUGGUAAAUUUGCUCUGUCAGUAGAUAAUUAUGUAAGAUGUAUUGGCCAAUAAUUUAGAGAGUUGGACUUCAAAUGGAGAAGUGCUGGUCCAACCCAUAGCUAGAUCAAGGUAUUGAUUUUCACAGCAUUGUACAACUCAAAAACUUUAUUCCAUGCUCUUCUUGAUGGUUACUCACGCAGAAUAAUAUAUCAAACUAACAUGUAAAUUUGAGCAAAAAAAACAAUUGUUUAAAUAACAAAAGAAAAAGACUUUUGUCCAUUCAUGAGCUUUAUUAACAAUUCCUGUGAUUUCGAGUACAAUUCAAAUAACAACCAUCAAAUAUAUUUAUCAUAACACAAGGUGUUCAGAGAAAAACACUUUACUCUUAAAUGUACUUAAUCCUCCUCAACCAAAACAAACAAAAACAUAUCGCAAUUUUUAAAUGUUUUUUCAGAGUUUUCUCCAAGGCCUUCUCACUAAAGAACCCAAAAAAAGGCUUUCAUGGCCUUAUUUACUCAGACAUCCAUUUGUAGCAGAUGGAAUAAAUGGUCAGUUAAGUUUAUUGAAUUUACACCUAUACUUAGCUUUUGUCACAAUAUUUUCAAACUGGGUUUGAAUUUCAAGAGAGUGUUUACAAUAACAGAGAAUAACUGUGCCAAGGUUUUUGUCACCUGGCUACCACAGCUAUAACAUUGUGCAGUGUUGUCUUAGAGUGUAUGAGCCAAUUUCAGUCAGUUUUGUAACAUUAUUUGUCAUAAAUAGUAUUUUCCAGAUCAACAGAUGUGAUCAUUACAUUGCAACAUUACACAAAACCUGUGGUUGACUGUAAAAAUACUGAUUUAUUUUUAAGGUUUAUGAGCUUAUUUCACUCAGUUUUCAUACCUUAUGAUUGGAGUUUGUGAAGUCAUGAUUUCCUGAUUCAGGGUAGGAAACUUUCUUUUCAAGUCACUUGUCCCUUCAGUUUGUUUUGCUUGUCUGGAUCACAAGCUGAUGAUUUUCCUUGUCCAAAUGAAAACUUUUUCCCAUCCCAUACAUUCAGAUGGCCCAAGUUUCCUGCCCUGAAAUUGACAGGUGUGUCCUUAGACAUGAGUGAGUUAAAAUUCUUUGUCAUUGAAUCCUUUUUUUUUUAACUUUGUGAAUUAAUAUUCUCCUGUUUUGGUCUCCCAUCAGAAGCUGAAUUGGAAAGAUUUAGUACUCCGGAGAUGUUUGAGAAGUUUGGAAAUUCAGCAAGCAAUGUCAAUAAAACUGCUAAGACUAAAGGAAAAACUCAGGAAAGCAAGACAAAGGUUUGUGGGACAAGGCUUCUUUGUUUAUACAGUUGCAUUUUCAAAUCUUUUUACUUAAACUUGUAUGAUUAAAUGAACUUACAACUAAACAGGGAUUUCCAAAUGACGAGUGCUAAUUCCACAACCAGGCAGAUAUGCAGCAGAGAUUGAAUGAGCAUGUUUCUAUCCUCAUCUGCUCACAGAUCCUUGCUUACACUGUAUGCAUGGACCUUGAAUUGAAGCUGUCAAAACUAGAUCAGUUUGUAACUUGCUUUUGGAACCUAAACUUGGCUGUUAAGAGUCAUUCAUUUGAGAUGAAAGUAAAACAAGUUCUCAAAUAAAGUGUUAACCUUGUUGAAAUUAAUUGCAUUUUGAUUACAUGACUGUGGAACUUAAAUUAUCAAUUUUUUCUCUUUACAAUAACCAAAAAUGCAGAAAGAGGCUGGUACUGGGGAGGUACGUCCAUCAUGGAUAAGAAAGCUUCAGCAACAGCAGGAAGGAACACAGCAAAAUAAACAAAAAGGAAAUGAUCCAAAACAAGAAAGCAAAGAAAAAGGGAGACAGGAAUCAAAAAAGAAAGCACAGAGUAAUAUACCAAAGAAGAAAAAGCCUCCUUUAGUAAAGGAAACAGAAACAAAACCAGCAAUAAGUUCUAAAGAGGCCAAAGAGAAGGUGAAAACUACGGAAGAAAAAGCUGUUGAUGGUAAGAACCUAGAGUCAUUUUUUUUUGUCAGCUGAUAAUUUUCAUGAUGCUAUUGAUAAAAAAAAACUGAUCUGGACUAUGAGCAGUUAAUUUGUAUAGUUUUUCAUAAUUGGAAACAAAAAUCACCUGGCAACAUAAAAGGGACAUAGAAAAACUUGUAAUGAUAGAUCAGAAAUGACAGAAUUACUAAAGAGAAGUUUUGAAUUGCAACAAAAUGAAAAAGAAAGAUGAUAAUUUACAUGUUUAACAUGUAUGUGUAGAUGAUUGGGAGGUGAAGCUGGACGACAGGCCUGUUACUACUGACAGAGUAGGACAUGAAAUCAGUGACGACUAUGACAGAGAGGUAUCAGUUAUUGAACAAGUCUUAGCUGCGGCAGUGAAGAGAAGAGAAGAAAAGAGCAAGACUGGCCAUGGAGGACAGGUGAACAGCAAAAAUUAAAGUUUCCAUAUCCAUUGGCUGAUUGAAUAUUGAUGAUGAUUUUGCAAGGAGAAGUUAUAUAAAUCACUUCUGGGAGUUAAAUCCUUUGAUCCCAAAUAGUGAUUAACAUCUAAUCUCUCCUUACAAUAUCACCCCUGAAUCAAACAGUAAAGUUGUGGGAAUAAAGGAAAUGAUCACCAACUGAAGAAGCUCUUGACUUUUAUACAAAUUCUCCUUGUCAGCACCUUAGGAAAUGUCUAGAGAACAGUAUGGUGAAUAUGCAUACUGAUGUUAGGGUGCAAAUGGUUAAAGGGUUGAAUAUUUAUUUUUUUUUGAUUAGGAGGAACUUGAUAGUGAAGAAGAAUGGGACUACCUUGUGGAACUGACUGACAAGAUUGCGACAAGUAGUUCUCAAAAAGACAGCAGUGAAGAAGAUGAUAGGAUUCCAGAGAAACUUAUGACUGACGCAGCUUUUAUCAGUAAAGUGCAGAGUUCACUAGAGACUGUGGCAGUACAAGUCUUAGAUGGCCUGCUGGAGGGAGCAUCUCGUUUUCGACAAAUUUUGAGAGUGUUAAGAAGUUUGUUGAUGACUGCUUGGUAAGUAGCUCUUACAUACAUACCUUUGUUUUUUGUAGUGAUAUUUACCUUUCAGUUCCCUGGUCUGAUUUGUAACUCUCAGUGCUAUUUGUUGUGCAGCUUGUUGCAGGUUGCUUAUUAUUUUUAAGACUUUUGUGUUUAAUGAAGAUUAGUCAUGCUCAAGUUGCUAAGUGCAUCUAUCCUCAUCAGCUGUUUGCUGGUUAAUGCUGUUGAGGAGGCUACUGAAUUUUGUCCAUAACUUGUGAAGUAAAGAUUCUCACCAGUUGUCUGCUGGUUAUUGCCAUUUAGAGAAACUGUGUCCAUGACUCGUGGAGUAAAGGGUGAAGGUUAAACCAAGAUACUUAUUCCUACUUGCUAAUUUGCUUAAAGAGGUUAAGUCCAUGUCAUAUUAGAUUUUCAUUGUUAUUAAAUUCUAAAUAUCUCUUAGUCUACUGAUGAUUUUUAACCAGCUGUCUAUUUCACAUUAAAAAUUUAAGCCCACCAGAAGUUAAGUUCAAAUUUUCAAGCUCACUUGGUAUUCCUGAGGGACAGUGUAUACCUAAAAAAACUCUGAACAUUGGUAACUUUUGACCCAUAAGAGUGACUAGCAUCUAAUUUCUUACAAAAAUCUGGUCUUUCUCAGGUAAACAUUACAUAUUUUAUAAUUAUACCUAUAGAUAUUGCUCAUAGAUAGAUAUUGUAAGACAGCCAAAACGGUUAGCUCAACAACAGAUUUGAGAUUAAGAUUUACAGGUUUAUUAAAUCAAGACAAACAAUGAAAACAAUUUAAAAAAAGGGGAACAAGCAAGACAUAGGUUAUUGAUAGCUGUGCAUGCUAAAAUGGCUGGAAUAAUUCUUUAGAAGACUACUGAAACUGUGUGUGAACCAACUGAAACGAACUGAUUUACUGAACAGGAAGUAGCCAAUUUAUGGGGGAAAGGAAGAAAAUUAAACAAAAACUAUAAACUAAAUAAGGCUAGGGAGUGACAGUUGUACGUACAUCUACCGAUAUCUACAGGGUUAACAAAAAAGAACUAUGAUUAUUAAGAAGAAAGUAUCGAAAAGAAUGCAAUUGGUAUCUCUAAAUUACCUGAGUGGAAAAAUAAGAAGAACCAAAUAUAUAUAUGUGAAAAUACACUUAAAAAUACCCUCAAGUAACCUUGUCACAUUGUUCUAAUGAUUUAAAAUUAACGUCUGUUUUUCCUCAAUGUAGCAGCCAUGGGCAGUCCAGGUUAUUGUGGAUUUGCUGAAUUUGAUGACAGUUUACCUUAGGAGCUGCAUUCCUUUAGGCAGUGACUUCAUGAAAGAAAGGUGAAUUAGAUCGUAUUGACUUUAUAUUUUUGCCCUUUGUGUGCUCAUAACAUCAUACACAGAGAUGAAGUCCUAUUUGGUCUGUCAUCAUUAUCAUUAUCAUUAUCAUUCCCACUUAGAGGGAGUCCACUGUGUCAAUCACGAGAAUGAUCAGAGGCGUAGCUAACACUUUGAAAGAUUUCCACGUCUUAUCGUUAUGUUGCUGCUCUAUCAUAUGUGUCAGUAGGUUCAUAUUCAUGCCAUAUCAUUUAUGGUUUCCUUACUUUGAAAUGUAAUUCUGCAUAUGACUACCCUUUUUCCCUUUAGUUCAGCCAUUUUGAGCUAUGGAAAGCAACUUACGGGUGUUUUACCAACACUGAUGCAGCAUAGCCAGGACAAAGAACUCUCCUUACGACAGGCAGCCUUAGAGGUGUGUUCCAUAUCGUGUCCUUACUGGUAGUUCACUUAUCUAGGAGAUUCUUGGCCCUUUAUCCUUACUUUCAAGAAUCACCAUGAUUUUUUUAGUUAAUUAAUUCACAAAGAAACUAGAUGUGAUUACUGGGCACUAUUUUGCAUGAAAAAUUUUUAUGUUAACAAGCUGUCUUAAAGUUGAGUUUCGUUUGCCCAUCAAACGUGAGGACAAAUGUAAGGGUUUUUCAUGAUAUUAGAGGACUGAGAUGACAAAGGUUAGUUAUAAAAUAAAAUAAUCUUCUGAGUAGAUGACAUGGAGCUUUUUCAAAGAGUAAGGAAAGAAGUCGGCAAUUGCGUUGGUUUUUACUUUACUUCCCCCCGUGUGCCACGUUUUCAACCAAUCUGAUUCAAAGCUUGACGUGACUUCUCUCGUGCAAACAGUGCGUUCAGUAUCUAUGUGAAGUGAUAGACAAGCACGAUGACGCAGUAGCUGAAGAGUUCUACGACAAUCUUAUUACCUGUGAUAUAAAGAGCGUGGAUUGCCUCAUUUCUGCGCUUCAUGGGGGACCAAGUGCCAUACAAAGAGUUAAAGGUACAAUUUAUGGUUCAGCUCUAUUCGAAAAAUUUUCAAUUGAGCAUCGAAAGUAAUCUGGCAUUGGUUCGGGUUUGCUUUACCUCGCGAUGUGAUUGGUCCAUAAAACACGCGCCACUUUCUUAACCAAUCAGCUUCAAAACUAAAACCAAAAGAGAUUGGUCACCUACAUUUUCCCGCCAUGAGCAGUUUGCUUGUUUAUACUUUGAAUUCUGAUUGGCUUUUUGUGAUAUUCUCUUUUUUUCUUGUUGAGAUCACUAUAAUUUAUUUUUGUCCUAUGUUAUUCAGUUCAAAAGUGCUUAUCUAGGUUUCAGAGAUACAGUGGACUACAGGUUGGUGUAGAACUGAUUCCGAUUUAGUGCCGUAAACGAUAACCGAAGUAAUCACAACAGCCAGUCAGAUGAAAGGAAUACAUGACAAGGAGCCAAUAAGAACGCAAAGGACAGCUCGGGAAAACGCGAGGGACGAAUUCGCGAUAAGUUUUAGUUUUGAAUCUGAAAUGUGAGAGAAUAGCGCAAGUUUUGUGGACCAAUCACAUAGCAAAGUGAAGCAGAACCAAAACAAAUCCUGAUCACGUUCGACACUCUUUGCUCUAUUUGACUGUGGAUCGAGAGGUCUUUUUCUGUCUUUGUCGAUUCGUUGUGUUAUGUUCAUGCACAAGACACAUAACUCUCACAGUGUACUUUUUACGACUUUGAAUUUUUUCGAAUUAGGUGCGAUCAGUGAUUCUCCAUCUGCAAGGGCGACGAUAAUGCGCCCGCAAGUUGUUGCUUUAACGACGUUACUGGCCCUGGUGACCUCUUCAAAGACUACAAAUAGCAAGUCCAACACAAAAGGAAACUUAGCCAGCUUUAUAGCAAAGAAAUUACUUCACCCAUCUAAUGAAAACUGCGUGGAUCUUCUACACCAGUUUCUACACCACAAAGCCUCGUCUUUGUCAGUCUUGAACUUUCUUGCUGAACUUUGCAUGGUGUCCAGGGACUUCAGUCUGCAUCUUACGAGACAAGCAAAAUGGAUAGUUUCGUUAACAAAGUGUUUAACAAGCUGCAAUGGAAAGGAUGCCAAUUGUAAAGAGACUUGUUCUGUUUUACAAAUUUUGUGUUGCAUGGUGACGAAUGCAGAGAACAUUCCUACCGAGUAAGUGUACAUGCAAUUGCGGGUUCAAAGUCCGAGCAAUUUUCACGUGAGCGUCGAAAGUAAUCUGUGAUUGGUUCAGAAAACUGAUGCCACUUUCUCAACCAAUCACAAAUCGCGACUUGGUCGCUUGCGUUUUCCCUCACUUUAGGCAAUUGGUUGUUUUUACGUGGAAUUCUCAUUGGCUCUCAAAUGUAGUUUCCUUCCUCUGACUGACCGUUGUCGUUACUUUGGUCUUGGUUUUACGAAACUCAAUAAAAAAAGCUCUCUUUUGCUGGUUAAAAGUAAUCUGGUCUUACUACUUUACUUCGCUUCGUGAUUGGUUUAGAGACGCAUCUGCUUUGUUUAUUGUCGCAGGAUUUCCGAUUGCGCAGACCACAUUGUCUCCAUUUUCACUGGGACAAGUGUGUUUACAAUCCAAGUUCUGUCAGCCAUGUUGCUUGCGAGACUGACCAGUUCAGAUCCCAAAUUGCAGUUUGAUCAGAGUGAACAUCUUAUAGACGCCAUCGCUACAGCUCUGACAGGAAUUCCACCGGUAAGUGGUCAACAGCUCCUCUAGCAACCUAGCUAACUUCUCUGAGUUUCAACUUGCUUGCGCUUUUCCUAAAAGGGGAAUGAGCCAGUAGUAGUGUUAGAGGGCAUUACAGUAUACAGCCAAUCAGAGAAGAGAGUUAUGUACCGCUUGGUAAAAACGGAGAAAUCAUAUGGCUAGUGUGACAGCGUGACUCCUUACGUGUGAAAACGUGAGCCUUGCAUGUGAUAGCGUUGCACUUGGGUGACAAUGGGAUUGCGUUACAUCAAAUCGCCAUUUUGGAUGGCAAUACGAACUUAUGACUGGUUUAUUUGUACCACAUGGUACAUACUCCUCUUCUCUAAUUGGCUGUGUAUCAUAGUGCCUCCAUAGUGUCGGUCAAGACGUCUCACUGAAUCAAAUAUUUUUUUUUCAGAUUCCACAGAUGCUUGUUGGAGUCAAUGGUGGCCUUCUGGAUGGCUUUACAGAGUUGCUAGAAUAUUGCCUCACGCAGGUUUUUAGACGUUUGCUCCAUGUUUUCUUACCGCUUCUUUCAGUUAUAACUGUGUGUACUUAUAUGUUGUAUCUAAAAUUUAACGGUGAACAUGUAGUGCGAAAAAGACCGUGGUUAAAAGGUUGUUCGGUCCCUCUCAGUCAAUCGGAUGGUGGACCAAUCACGAUUUGGUUGCUCACGUUUCCUGCUUCUCAAGAAGUGCGUCCAUUGGGCUACGUUCGAUGUCUUUUGUUGGAGACGUAUUCAGUGUUCUCCCUUAUUUUAAACACGAAAGUUAAAAUAAAUUCUCAAACCAGUAGGGCAAUCCUUUUUUCGGUUGCGUGUAAAGAAUUCUAAGCGAUUCAAGACAGUAAUAAGAAGUGCUACUGGUGUUAAAUUUUACCGAUUACUUUGUACGUACAGGAUAGUGGGUCCAGGGUGCAUUACCAAGUUGUUGAGAGCGGUCUUUGGAACAGUGUAUGGUGUGCAGUUGGUCUUGCUCUGAAUACAGAACCAGAGGAUGCUUUAGUUUUGAGGUAAGUUAUUAUUUAUCGCCUUAGAAAGGGGCAGAGGGAAUGGGGGGGGGGAGUCACAAAAAUUUAAAAUUCCCCGACCCUCACCCCUCCAGAAGUACUAGUUUUGAGGUAAAAGAUCAGUCACUAUUUAUCGCCUGGGGGGCAGAGGGAGUUGGGGAUUACAUAAAUUCAUAAUCCCGCAAACCCCUCCCCCCCUCCAGGAGCAUUAGUUUUGAGACUAGGGAUCAGUUAUUAUUUACCGCUAGGGCGGAGAACAGAGGGGAUUGGGGGCUCACAAAAAUUCAAAAUCCCCCGGAGAAUGGAGAAAUGGAAAAUUUACGUUUUUAUUUUGUUAUGUGAUUUAUGUCAAUGAGCGGUAAAGUUAUCAAGGUAUGAUGUUCUCAUGGAAGUUGAUAAAAGCGAUUCAUUGCUAAAUUUUCAUUUCUUUCUCAGAGAUUUAGAGGCUGUGAUGGAAGAAGUGAACAUCAGAGUGGGUGUUGUUCAGUGGGGGGUAAUAUCACAUAGUGGCUUAGAACAUCUCUUACGUGUUUCACAUGACCUGUUUACCAAAGUAAGUCUGAGUAUCAAGGAAGUUUGAUGACGUUUUCCGUUAUUUUUAAUGUUUUGUUUUCUACGUUAAUUAGAGUUGAAAUAAGUUUCAGUUGGCCAAGACUGAGGUAGAAUUUAUUUUUUCUUUAUUUAGGUCCCGUUGCAGAGUAUAUUGAAGUUUGUUGAACCUCCUACACAUGCAGUCUCUUGUUUGAUUAGAAUGCUUACAACACCGUUCGUGGAGCAGCUAUCUAAACAGUGAGUGUUUCAACCUUUUCUGGGAAUACUCUAUUCCUACUCUUCUCUGACCAUAAUGCCACUCGGUGGCUCCGGGUCGAGAGUCCUGGGUUCCAUACCUAGUCGGGUCAAUGUGUUGUGUUCUUGGGCAAAACACUUCAGUCUCACCAUGCCUCUCUCCACCCAGGAGUACAAAUGAGUUCUGGGGAAUUGUCAGGGAAAUCGUCUUCUCUUCAGUGCCUCUACGUGGGUGAGAAAAAGUAAGGGGGUCACUUGCACCCCAGAGCUCCACGAAGAGAAUGUUAAUUUUCUUUUUUUGCAUGAACCUUUAACCUUCAAGUUGAGGAUCACUCGCUGUGUGAUUAAGUAAAGGAUAAUGGCGUUUUAAUUUCAACGCAACGAUCUUGUUUUUAUCUUCCAGUUUAGCUAGUUUUACGUAUGAAAAGAAAGGAGAAGAAGGAGAUGUCCUUCAAGCUUUUAUGAGAAAGGUAAUUUUUUACAAUCCUGAGCGUGAACUCUAUUCUGAUGUUGCAAAUCGUACAUCUUUUUUCUCGAAUUGGAUCUCAUGGUAUAGAAGUGAUUAUACCCAUAGUUUACCUAUGGUAAUAGUCAUUGUUACUUUUUGUCAACCAGUAAGACCAGGUCUGUGGUAAUUCUUACCUCAAAAAUCUUGUUCAUCCCCCAGGGGUAGGGUACUUCCCAGAGUUGAAUGUACGUGGGUUCCUCAACAAAGGAUUAUCUUUUUCAGAAUAGUGAUUUACGACCAGGGAAGGGGGGCGAGGGAGUUAGCGAGUUGGGGUAAAGAAAAGAGUAAGGAAAACUGUUAUUGAUGUGUUAAGAAAGCGUUUAAUGAUAGAUUUGAAGGGCUGCUCAAGAAAAAGAGAAGGGAAAUGUACAUCUUUUUUCCUCGCUUUUUGUCAAAAGACGCUACAAGGGUAUGGUGCUUUGUUGUGGGUACAUCAUAGGGGGAAUCAUUUUCCAUGGGAAGGCUGUUUGGACCUAAGUCGUACACAAAUGGGUAACGGUUUGGCUCGGAGCAUCCCUGUACUAGAGAUUUUAAAGAACCGUUUCUGCCCGGGGGAUUAACAAGCACAAUUGGCUUCAAAGUUUGGCCUUAUUUGUUGAGACAAAUAAAACGUCCUUAGCAAAUGUGGCCGGCACACGUAACUGUUCCGCACGAUUUUAUAUACUACUAAAAAAAAAAAAAAGUUCAAUAGGUUAACAUAGUGUCUAAGUGCUUGUAUGUGAUAUUCGAUGUGCUCCAUAAUUAAGUAAUGCUUAGCGCGCAACCAUCGAGUUAUGGAUGCACUCGGGAGGCUGCUACGCACGAAAGUAGCUAAGAGUCGCACGAAGCGAUAGCCGAGAGCGACUCUAGCUUCUUGAGUGCUUAGCAAACCUCCCGCGUGCAUCCAUAACUCGAUGGUUGCUUGCUGCACACUAAACAUUUCUUUUAGAACAUUGAGACUUUCAAACAUCUUUCGUUUCGUGUUGAAAAAAGAAAAGUAAAACAAACUGAUGUCAGCAUGCAACCCACGGGUAAAAGAAAAGGAUGGAGCGUAUCAGCUAUUUAGAGUGCGCGUUUCUGUAAAGCUAAGCCAAUAUACGCAUUUCCUUCAGUCAUGACCAUUCUAUAAAACUUCUUUGCAGAUCAUCAAGAUUUUCUACUUCCCGUUUGCAGUUGACAUCGAGGAACAUCUCCUUCACGAUACACAAAGGUGAACACGGCCACCGUGAACAUGUUUUGUCUUGUGUGGGGUAUCUUUUACUUUAUACUAAAACACUUUCUGUCUGUGUUCUCUUACGCCAGUACUUUGUACGAACACCGACUUAUUCCUAACCUGCUGGAGUUUUCAUCGAAGUUUUUGCCUGUAGAAGACUUGGAGCUUGCUCUCGGUAAGUAAGAUAUGCGAUCUUGUCGUUACAAGAAUUUUGGUGUCAGACAAGGAGUGGGAAAAACCGAACAAGGCUGAUAGGAGCGAAGGGGGGGUGUACACCUCCUGGACCCUCCCUUUAGAUCUGACCUUGCCUUUUUUCGAAGAAAAUGAAGACACUUAAGGAAAAGUGACGUGUUAAUCGCAACAAGCAGCGAAAGGAUUAAUACUUCACUGUUAUUCACUAGUCACGGGAAAAACGUGACAACUUAUCUGAGGUGUGGUGCGUUGCAUCCUUAUAUUAAGAAAGCAAAAGUUUCCCAAAGAAACAAAGUGAUUUUGUUUGCAGCUUAUUCCUGUUGAUUCUUAUUAUUAUUAUUAUUAUUAUUAUUAUUAUUAUUAUUAUUCUGUGUGCAUUUUCAGGCCUGAUCGCUAGGUUGGUUUUUAGUGAUGAAAUCUUUGUAACACAACUAGCAAGAGAUAUCACAAACCAAAAGGUAAACUUAGAUGCAAAAAAAUUAAUAAAACUUAAAUAUAACUUAAAUAUUCCACCCUCUCUGAAAUCCACGUCUGCUUUUCGAGAGAAAAAUACCAAUGAUCCUGCUCAAUGAGUAAUCAGAGUAACGCGAGAUUUUUCUCAUUUUAAGCGGAGUGUUGAAGAAAUGAAAUUUUUUCUGACUUGUUUUCUGACCUGAUGCUGUGCACAAAUAUUACAAUUUUUAUAAAUUGUUUGGUUAAAUUAAGGAUGAUUUCCAUGCCGUUUUGCCAAAAACGGCUUAACCCUGUCUUGAUAACCGACCCUCGCACUUAAAUAUUUCAUCUAUAAACUUUACGCUCGUUUGUUUUUUUAGUCACCCUUUCUGACCUAAUGAACAAGUUUAAUUGGAUGACCUUUUAAUUUUACUUUAGGCUGAACCUUUCCUAACUUCACUGGUGUCAGCGGAUAACUCUGUUACUCUCUUGAAUGACGUCAUUACGAUUUUGAGUCAUGUAUCUCGAAGUUCUUCCGAGUAUGUUGCCAUGGUUACAAGAGUCUUGCAAGGUGAUCGAGGUAAGGUAUUGAAAUUAUAUGAAAUUUUCUAUUUUUCUAUUUUUGUAAAGCUUCGAUAAAGCCGAGUCUCCCUUUCAGAAUCAUACGAGCCCCUAUACAAUCUGCUUACACACACGAGUUCGGCUGUCGGUGCCAACGCCUGUGGCAUGCUGGGUAAUAUACUGAAGCACUCUGCCGUUUUUUAUCCUGUUCUUCAAAGGUAAGAAUCAUUGACUCAAACUGAAGAAGAUAAUUUGGGAUCUGACUUCUUUUUUAAUUAUCAUUAUAGCUUUCCUUUGCUCUUUGUUAUUAUUUACAAUUAAGUUGCACAACUAAUAAGGUCGAUGAAAUUGUGUGAGGCUCAUCGUCAAUGAUAUUACUGAUUGACAUUACGAGGAGCCAAUGACAGCUUAAGUAAAUGACGUAAACAAGUUGACCUAAACCGCGGGAAAACGCGGAUGGCGAUGGCGUGAUUGGUUUCACUUUCAUUUCACUUGUAUUUGAUUGGUCGAGAGAAUGGAGCAAUUUUAGACGACCAAUGACAGAGCAGGAAAAACGUAGCAAUUCAGGAUUCCUUAUGACACUGUAUGAUCAAAAACAAGAGGAACAUUUUGAAUUUCCAUUUAGAAAAUUACUUUGGCUCUCUUUACCGAAUCAUUAUACAUUACUCUCUUUACUUGCAGAACGAAUUUGUUGUCAACUUUGAUCAGCUGUCUGAAGAGUGAUGACGCCAAUGUUCGAAAGGUGAUUUGUUACUGCUUUUCUUGAUCUGUAUUGUCUCGAAGAAGGUAUGGAUUUCAGAGGCCAGAUCUUGAAAACAGGUGUGGGGUCAGGGUUUGGAGAAUUGGGCGGCACACAUCUACCAAGAAUUUUAAGGAAUCAUCCUCGCCCUCGUGGUUCACGCAAACGGGUGUCUGUCUUGGAGCCGUUUGUGUAAGAAUGCUACAGUAUUACAGCUCAGUUUAGGUGAAUGUAGUUAUUCCUCAAUUUUUUUCUUUUGGAUCUCUUUAAGGAUUAACGGACACUUGUGUAAUCAGAUGUAAAUUUGUGGUUAACAUUUGUAAUAAACGCGAAUCCCAGUCAUUCUAAAAUUGUUUUCGCUCGAUUUGUUCGGUUACAUAUCAAACUAUUGGUUUUAACAGUUCUUUUCUAGGGCCUAUCAUGCUGCCUCAGGAGCUUGAUCACGGCCAGUGCAUCUUGGAAAAUUGAGCCUGGAUUUUUCAGAUCUAAAACAACUCAAAAUAUUACUGCUUUCUCCUUUAUACUCCUCGUCUUUGUUUUGUUAUCUUUGUUCAGGCCGCCACUUUUGCUUUGGGAAACGCAGCGUAUCAUAGCGACUCACUGUACAAAGCUCUGACACCAGCUGUACCUCUUUUGGUUGACUCACUAACAGACUCGGUUGCGAGAACACGAGCUAAUGCAGCAGGUGAGAAUCUUGUAAAACUCUCUAAUAGUCUUAUAGAAUAAAUGAAAUCCUUCUUAAAAAUUAGUGCAAUCAGUUCCAAUUUCUUGGCCUUUGAUAAAUUGAUAUGCAAGCAUUUAACAAGACUUGUAAGGGGAAAUCUUCUCACUGGUAAAGUUUGCCUGUCUUCGUAUCUCGCUCUUAAACGGCCGUGUCUCGAUAAGAAAUAUCAGUUCAAUUACAUUCUUUCCAUGUAUGCCAUUUGUCUAGCACCACAACCAUUUUUUUUUUCUUGGACUGACAAGGCCAUAUGACAAGGUUUUGCAAAGGAUUGUGUGGUAUUGAACUGUGUGGACGGCUGGGCCACUUGCUGAGUUUCAUUCCUAAAGAGGGUAUGCAUCUGUGAUGGUGCCCUCGUUGUCGUUAGGAAAGGGAUAACGGAACUCUGCGUUCCUCCCCAAGAUUUUGUUUCCAUGAAGACUGCUUGUUGAUGAUGAUAUAUUCUAACUUAGGGAAUUGUUUUUUAUUUUGCCCUCACCGAGCAGUUUGUUUCUAUUCCGCGCAGGCGCUUUAGGUAAUUUGGUGAGACAUUCGCCGUUGCUCUAUCAGCAAUUAAUCAAGGCACAAGCACCACACGGGUAAGAGAAUUGUUACUUUUCAAAUUUUUUGCAGUUCUACCGUGCAGUUCGGAUUUGAAUUCGUGUUUUUUAAUUUACGUGAACAAUACUGAUUAGUUCGAGGACAUCUUACUUAUCCUGUUUUAGUGUUCUCGACAUGGCCUGCAAUGACGGACACGCUGAGCCACAGGAUGCAGCUUUGAAGACUUUAAGACUUUUCUGUAGAAAUCCUCGGUGCAGACAGGUUUGUUAAUGAUGAACGUGUGCUCCAAACCUUUGUUUUUGACCAACUCUUUGCUGAAUCUCCUUAGCUUGAGAGUAGGGAGAUUUUUAUGUUGGGGAACCGUUACCGCGGAGAGACACAGCGGACUUUUAGAAACAAGUCUUUUCCAUCUCUUUGCACUUUCUUUUUCGCACAGGUCCUUGUAUCUCUUGGAAUUCAACAACGGCUCCUCAGGUUUCUGGAAAGAUCCCGGAUGUCUGGAGCUUGUAGUCAGCAAUCCAGCGUUUCUUCAGUUCCCAGUACUGCGCGGACUAAUGAUAGUGUGGUAUCUGAACAUUGUGUUCGCAUACUGAACAAGCUUAAAACACGAGGAAGUGACGCUUAACUAAACCAAAAAGACAGUGAAGAAACAUCACUACGAUGAUGAAGGCUGUGGAAACCUGAACAGUUGAUCUGAAACCGCAGAGCGGCGUUUGACAAAAAGAAGUGGACUAAGAAACACUUUUCGUGUCAAGUAUGACAAAGGCAACUUACAGCUUGCUCUGGUCAUCAGUGCGUUUUGCGAUUGGGUGUCGUAGAAUCAACACCAGGACUAUAACAACGAACGGAAGUGUGACAAGGAGCCAGUACUGGAAAUUCCUAUGUUAAAACCAGCGACACUGCCUAAAGCGCCGAUAAGCGUGAGUGUCAAAAACGCGAUAAGUCGUGGUUUUAAAUAUGACUGGUCGGUUGGAACAUGCAAGUUCUCUAACUAAAAAACCGACGAAAUUCUGAAUUACUAUCGGCACUCCACGUAACAAAGAUUUAAUUUACCUACAGAGGAGAAGGAGAGUUCUUUCAGUGAAAAACUAUCCAGGGAAGAUACAGAUUAUAGACAACAAAAAAUAGGUCACCCAUAGGUUAUCACGUGAGAGACAUAACGAAUUGCUGGAGAGACAUGAGGGAACUACGUGACGCACAUAAGGUUAUCACGAGAUGAUGUGUGUGCCGAACACAGAAAGAAAUCACUAGGCCUGCUGCUCUUGGCGUUUGUGUUGAGGGGGGUAAUCAGAAAUGAUGAAAAUCUAUUUUCAUCUCCCAAUUUCAGUACAUUAUCUAACAAGCAGGUUGUAAAAAUAGAGUAACUUAUUAGCUUAAGGGAGUUCUCUUGAUGCAGCACCAAAUUCUCUUAACUUUAUUUGAGGAAAAUUUUUAACAGCAAGAAAAGAGAAUUACACGUUAGUUCCUGGGAGCUUAAGGGUUGCAAAAUAGGUGAAUGGGUAAUGGUUAGUUAUUUAUUUCUGGUCAGCGGCUGUUUUUCUUCAGAUCGAAAUACGACUUGGAGGUUUUUAAGCCAAAGACAACGUUGUAUGCAGUUAUUUAGAUUUUUGUUAUUUUGCGCGAUGGCCAAAGACAAUAAGGAGUUCAUCGACUUUUUAGAAACGCAAAUGUUAUCAGAGAUGCCAUUUCUUACAAUCGCACUCAUUUAAAGGAAAAUACUGUAUAUAUUCAAAAAUAUAUAUUUACUGUUUGCUAAAUCAACAGAAGUUAUUUAUGACUUUAGAGUGUUAUUUCAUUGACUUAUUACAAAUAUAAGAGUUGAUACUUGUUCUUUUUGACUUCUCUGGGAGUUAUUUUUUUAAGUGUUUACAAACUCAAACAAAAGUUUGUAAGCGUGUAGCGAGAUCUGUUUUCCAAAAGCAUUUCACUUCCCUCGACACGCCCAUAACACGGCAAAGAUUAGCAAGCAGCAAGUAUUUAGAGAAACAGACAGACCUCUUUUAUUCCGAAAUGUAUGGGAAGGGAUGGUUGGGGCCUAGGUGUCGUUUAUCACGUGCCUUGCGCAACACAGCGGUCAAACGUCAGCGCACGUGCGAACGUUGUAAUGACUAGGAAGCGUACACUCGUGUUAUCAGAACCAAGUUGUCUCACAGGAGUUAUAAAGAACCACAAGACAGUUACUCACGGUUUUCAAUAACUUUAUUACAUAUUUGUUAAAGCUCAAUCAACAGAAGAAUCGUAAUUGAAUGAGCCUUGUGGUAGAAAAGUCUUCAGUUUUUCUUUUCCCUUCUUUUCGUUCCUUUUAAGCAAAUCUAUUUCUUGACUUUUAGAAUAGUGUGCAAGGGAAAUGGCGGGUGGGUGACCACUAUUGCUUCACUUGCGCAUGCCUGAUGUGUAACCGCUGUAUUGUCUAGCGCCGUCGCGUACGUAAGGAAACAAGUUUCUUUCAAAAAUUGAUUUUAUUUUUUCAGAUCACGUUUUUGCGGACAGGUGUUAAAAUAUAUAUCGUACGGAAAUAUAAAUUUUACGACAACACAAAGCUAGAUGAUUGAUGUUGAAAUUAAAAUAUUUUUUUAAGCCACGCAGUACGCUCAAAAUUUCCAUAUGAAUAAAAAACAAUCUCCGGGACCAACUUGGCAAUUUUUUCGGCAGACAUCAAUAGCUUUCUCACUCUGAAGGCUUAGCUUUAGAUGGCAUAUUGUUCCCCAACACAGAAUAAUAAAUAUAUCUGACUGUCACAAGUUAUUUGGGGUUUUAGUCGGUACUUUAUGCCGG